CGCACUGUAGAAAAUAUUACAGAGGAAGGAAAACGUUGUUAUAGUAAAUCGUUGGCCUAAUUGUUCAAAUAUCAUCUAGAAGACUCCAGCGAAAUUCUAUUUCGCAAGGAUAAAGUGUAGGAGUUGCGAAAAAUAAGGGUUAAUUCGCUAAGAGAGAGAGAUAGAGAGAAUGGAAUCCAAAACAAAUCUGCUGGAACGCAAUAGCAACAGCAGCGUUGUGAAUGGCGAUAAUGAUACCUCAAGCAUUACCCUGACUAAUAAUGGCAAAGAUCUCGAUUCGGGAUUACCUUCAUCGGAGGAAAUGGUGAUUACACCAGCUGCUGUUGUUGCUGGCGACGAUGAAGAGGAUAUUUUCGAACAGGUGACAAUGAUACUACGCAAACGUCGUGGCUGGGGACCCGAGGAUUCACUUAGCCACAAUGGCCUCGAUCUGGAUUUGCUCGAGGAUGACGACGAUGAACUGGUCGAGGAAGAUGACGCUGGUUGUCCUCUACCCUCGACGCCAGAAGACACUCAACUCAUCGAGGCAGAGAUGACGGAAGUGCUGAAGGCUGGAGUCCUUUCAGAUGAGAUUGAUCUUGGCGCUUUGGCUCACAAUGCCGCCGAGCAAGCUGAAGAGUUUGUACGCAAGGUCUGGGAAGCCAGCUGGAAAGUAUGCCACUAUAGAAAUUUGCCUAAAUGGCUGCAGGACAAUGAUUUCUUGCACCGCGGCCAUCGCCCGCCUCUACCAUCAUUCCGUGCAUGCUUCAAAUCGAUAUUCCGUCUGCACACGGAGACUGGCAACAUCUGGACGCAUCUGCUUGGCUGUCUCGCGUUCAUCGGCGUCGCUGUCUACUUCAUAUCCCGACCAACUGAUGAGAUUCAGUUUCAGGAGAAGAUCGUCUUUGGUGCAUUCUUUAUUGGCGCCAUCAUCUGCUUAGGAUUCUCGUUCGCUUUCCAUACAUUAAGCUGUCACUCGGUGGGAAUUGGAAGACUGUUCUCAAAGCUGGACUAUUGUGGAAUUGCAUUACUUAUAAUGGGAUCGUUUGUGCCCUGGCUUUACUAUGGCUUCUAUUGCCACUAUCAGCCAAAAGUGAUAUACUUAUCUGUGGUCUGUGUCUUAGGAUGUCUCUCUAUCAUUGUCUCGUUGUGGGAUAAAUUUUCGGAGCCAAACCUACGUCCGCUCCGCGCUGGUGUCUUCAUGAGCUUUGGAUUGUCUGGUGUCAUCCCAGCCAUUCACUACAGCAUUAUGGAAGGCUGGUUCAGUCAGAUCAGUCGUGCCAGCUUGGGUUGGCUCAUAUUGAUGGGUCUGCUGUAUAUACUCGGUGCUUUACUCUAUGCUCUGCGCGUUCCAGAGCGUUGGUUCCCCGGCAAAUUCGACAUUUGGUUUCAAUCGCAUCAGCUUUUCCAUGUGCUCGUCAUUGCCGCUGCUUUUGUGCAUUACCAUGGCAUCUCGGAAAUGGCAAUGUAUCGUGUUACUGUCGGCGAAUGCACAGUGCCAAUAGAGCCUAUCACUUUCUAAACAAAAUUUAGCUAUUAUCCAGUAUACAAUCAUUAUACUCUCAUUCACAUACACAAAAAUACACAUUGAACUCUCACACUGCACGUACAAAGAGACUCAUAAACUCAAAUUAAACACAAUCACUCAUCAAAAUACUUAGCGCAGUUUAGCAAUGCAGCCACAGUAGCUUUUGGCUCGCCUUUGUUCUUUGUUAUAUGAGAGAAAAGCAAAAUAACAUUCAGGAUGAAUACACGGUAAAUCUUUUACCGCAAUCACGGAUAGAUUCGCAUUACAAAAUGCAUCGAAAGAAGCUGUUUAAUAUAAUCGAAUGAAAUCUGUAGUAGUUACAUAUAUAAUUAAUAUACAAUUUAUUUAUAAAAAUCA